GAAACUAAUUAUUCUACUUCAUAUAUUUUCACAUUUAUUUCCUUCCGCUCAGGUGAUCACGUGACGCGGCAGGUGUGUGACUGACGCGGCAGGUGUGUGACUGACGCGGGGCUCUCAAGACCUUCCACGGCCGUCCACACACCUCCCAGAGACCACAAGACACUCCAGGCGCCCUUCCAUACCUCCAGAACCUUCCAGCACUUCCUAAGACUCUUCCAGACAGCCUCCUCUCUCUCUCUCUCUCUCUCUCUCUCUCUCUCUCUCUCUCUCUCUCUCUCUCUCUCUCUCUCUUAUUAAUACAGAGAGAGAGAGCUCAAGGGGAAAUUAUUAAAGGGUGAGGAAAAAACAGGACGACUGAGGGAGAGGGAAGGUGUGAAGGAGCGUCAGUUUGUCUGUCUGUCUGUUUCUCUUUGUGUCUUUUUGACUGUUUAUCUAUUUGUCUGUUUGUUUGUGAGUCUGUGGCUGUAUCUGUCUGUCCAUCCAUCUACCUGUCUGUCUGUCUGUCUGUGCGUCUCUCUCUCUCUCUCUCUCUCUCUCUCUCUCUCUCUCUCUAACACACACACAAUGAGGAAAACAAAAAGGUAUUUACACUCACAUUCAUUUAGAGCAGGUGUACUGGCAGUCCUCACCUUUCUAAUACUACUAUGCCUGUUACUCAAGACACACAGGGAGCCUCUUGAAUCUACUGGGGCCCCUGGGGAAUCUCAACACCCUUUAAAGGAAUCAGAUCGCCCUAAAGAGGAUUGGGAUCAGUGUAUGUGGGAUUUACGGGAGAAAAUACUGCAGGAAGAUCCCAUGAGAAGUGAGGAUCUGAGAGAGUGUUCUGUGCUGCCCGGAUGCCCCAGUACACCUCCUGGCCUGUUGGGGCAGCUGGAGGUGGAGGAGGAGAUGGAGGAGGCGGAGGCUGAGCGGCGUGUGAGCGGCGUGCGUCAGGGCGGGUUCUGGUGGCCAGUGGUGUGCGAGGCAAGGUGGCGUGUGGCAAUCAUUGUGCCUUACCGUGACCGCGCCCACCAGAUCGGACCCUUUCUGAACCACAUGCACCCAUUCCUGCAACGACAGCAGCUCAAUUACUCCAUAUACAUCGUGGAGCAGCAUGGCACGGAUCUGUUCAACCGCGCGCGCCUCCUCAAUGUGGGCUUCCUGGAGGCCAAGAAGGAGGGGCCCUGGGACUGCUACGCCUUCCACGAUAUCGAUAUGUUGCCCCUCAACGACCUCCACCUCUACCACUGCUCGCCCCAGCCCCGCCACCUCGCCGUCGCGCCCUCCAGCCACAAGUUUAAGUCAGCGCACCACAUGCCCUACAAACAAUACUUCGGGGGCGCGUGUCUCAUGACGGAGGGGCACCUGCGGAGAGUGAACGGCUGGAGCAACAUUUACUGGGGCUGGGGAGGCGAGGAUGAUGACAUGUACAGGCGCAUGCAGCUGACUGAUAUGGGAGUGUGGCGCUAUCCGGCCCACUACGCCAGAUACAAGAUGAUCUCCCACAAGCCCCAAAAGAUGAACCCAAACAGGUACCAGAUUCUACAGAGGAACACGGGCAGGUACCCACGAGACGGACUAAACAACAUUAAUUACACCAUCAAAAGUAGCGUUAGAAAGCCUUUAUACACACACCUGAUAGCGAAUGUGGGUGCCAGUGAUGCUCCGACAGAGAGAGGGAGAACGCUACUCCGCCCCCCGCCUCCUCCUCCUCCUCCUCCUCCUCCUCCUCCUUCGUCUUUCAACUGAUGAGAGAAAGGAAGUGAGGGAUGUGGAGAGGGAGGGGGGUGAAAGGGAAAGUGCGUGUGUGUGUGUGUAUGUGUUUGUGUUUAGUUCGUAUGCUUUAAAUGUUUUUGUUGUUAAUUUAUUUUGUUGUUGUUGUUGUUGUUGUUGUUGUUGUUGUUUAGAGAGUAUAGAUAUUGGAUUAUUUAAACUGCUGUUCUUAUUCUCUCUCUCUCUCUCUCUCUCUCUCUCUCUCUCUCUCUCUCUCUCUCUCUCUCUCUCUCUCUGUGUGUGUGUGUGUGUGUGUGUGUGUGUGUGUGUGUGUGUGUGUGUGUGUGUGUGUGUGUGUGUGUGUGUGUGUGUGUGUGUGUGUGUGUGUGUGUGCGUAUUUAGUAAUUUUCUGUAAUUUUUUCUUGUUUAUUUUGUUGCUUGUAAUUUUUUUUGUUUGUUCGUUUGUUUGUUAGAGAAUACAUAUGCAUCUGAGUAUUACCAAUGUUAUUUUUUAUUGUCCUUCUGUGUGUGUGUGUGUGUGUGUGUGUGUGUGUGUGUGUGUGUGUGUGUGUGUGUGUGUGUGUGUGUGUGUGUGUGUGUGUGUGUGUGUGUGUGUGUGUGUGUGUGUGUGUGUGUGUGUGUGUGUGUGUU